AUGACUGAUAUAGGUGAAGUAUCGCAUCAAAAGUCAAGUAGUGAAGAAGAGGAAGAGGCAGAAGAUGUAGCACAUAGAAUUUUAUAUGAUCCACAAAAAUGGCCAUACAUAAAGAAAUAUCGUAUUCUUUUUCUCGUAGCCUUACCAGCAUUUCUCACUCCGUUAUCGAAUACAUCAUUGUAUCCUGCGAUAUCAGAUAUGAAAGAAGAAUUUGAAGCUACUGCUAUAAUUAUAAAUUUGUUACUUGGAAUUUAUAUCAUUUUUCGAGGAAUAGCACCAAUAUUUUGGUCAUCAUAUUCAGAUCAACUUAAAACCAGAAAAAGAGUGUAUUUGGCUUCAUUGUUGAUAUAUACAAUGAGUAAUAUAAUAUGCGGAUUUGCAAAAAAUGCAAUUAUAUUGGUACUUUUUGGGAUAAUACAAUCAAUUGGAAUUUCAGCUGCUCUUAGUCUUGGUGGUGGAACUGUUAGUGAUGUAUUCAUUCCGGCUGAACGUGGAAAAGCGUAUGCCAUUUAUCUCGUUGGAUAUUUCAUUGCGCUUGCGAGCGGACCAAACAUUGGUGAUUUAAUAACAAAUUCAUUGGGAUGGCGUUGGGUAUUUUAUAUAUUAGCGAUAUUAGGAAGUGCAACGCUUUUACUCAUAACGUCAUUCUUACCCGAAACAUUUAGAGAACCGGAGGAAAAGUUUACAUCAAAACCACAUAUAAUUCGAAUUAUAAGAGAAUCACAUCCACAAUCACCAUCAGAAGAAUCAAAAUCAUUUACACAAAAAAAAUCUUACAAUCCUUUAUUACCAUUUAAAUUAUUACUACAAUUAAAUAUUACAUUUUCAAUAUUAAGUAAAUCAUUAGUUAAUUUAGUUAUAUAUUCGCAAAGUAUAUUAAUCACAAAAAUGUUUUCUUAUUAUUAUAAUGUAUCAAGCUUAUAUCUUUUAUUUGCUUAUAUAAGUCCUCCUGUUGGUUAUUUGAUUGGUAGUUUUAUUGCUGGAAUAUAUUCUGAUCGCCUUGCGGGAUAUGAAAGUGAUGUUGAAACGAGGAAGGAAAGAGAAAUGAAAAAAGAAGAAAAAAAGAGACUGAUGAAAGAAGAAACUACGGAAAUUAUGCAAGAAAUAUUAGAAAAUAGAGAUAUCAUUUAUAGAUUUCCUGUAAUGAGAAUUUACGUGGCAUUUUAUUCAAGUUUGAUAGUACCUUUAUUCAUUGUAACUUAUGGAUGGUUAACUCAAAUUAAAGUUCACAUUUUAAUACCACUGAUAAUUUCAUUCAUAGCUGGAAUUGGAUUACAAGGUCAAAGUAAUUGUAUUUCAACAUAUUUGAUUGAUGCAAACCCAGGAAAAAGUGCUUCAGCAUUAGCUUUAAGUGAUUUUAUUUCGUAUUUUUUUGUUGCUAUUUUAAUAGUAUUAGUUAAUCCUCUUGUAGAUUUAAUAGGUAUGGGUUUUACAUAUACUAUUAUGGCAUUUUUCAGUAUUCUUAGUAUUAUACUUUUGGUUAUUGUAUUUAAAAAUGAUGAAAGAUGGAGAGGUGUUAAUUUAUAA